AGGACUCUCCCUCUCCCCCAUAACAGGACCUUGAAAGUCUCUCCAAGUUGGCCCAUAACAGUGCCUUGAAGGUCUCCCCCGGCUUGAAAACUUGCUGUCUGAGGCUUUAUCUACCUCCUGCCUGGGUGGGAUCUGCCCUAAGGUCGUAUCUGCUUUUUCCCCUGUCCCUUCUCCAGGGGGAGGAAGCUCCCUCUGGAGUUAGGUUUCUGUUCCCCUAAGGGCAGUUUCCCCCCAGUGAGUCCAUGAAUGGGGUCUAUCAUCUUAUGAACGGGGUAUUCUUGGAAGGGACCCCCCAUCUCUGCCUAAUCUCCCUCUUCCUCGGAACAGAAUCCUUGCUGAGGUCUCAAAUCUCUCCUCUGGUAGCAUGAUUCCACCUUGCCCCAGCCUCCAUCUCUCCCCUAGGAUCUUUGGGGAGCCAGGAGUUCCUGGUUCUCCGUUGGUCAUUCCAGCUAGGUGUGAAACCUCCAGUGGCCACCAGGGGGAGCCCUGGCCCCUCCCACCCAAGAGCUGGCACCUCCCACUCCCCAAAUCUCCCCCCAACCCUUGCUCUGUUUUCUCCUCCUCCUCCUCUGCCUUCUCUGCCUUCUCCUCCAGGGCCAUCUCCUCAGCUCCACAGCACAUCCCGCCCGGAGCAGUUCUGGGGGCCAGGAGGCCAUGGGGGGGGCCACCCCCGGGCUUCCGGCCCUCAGGCUGGGUCCACUUGCUCCACCAGGUACCCCACACCAACUUUCAGCUCCGACCAGUGGCCAGCACCUUUGCCCCCCAGGAACAGGACUACCAGCAGGCCUUGCUCCUGGUAGCAGCUUUGGCUGGGCUGGGCCUGGCUGUGAACCUGCUUGUUCUGGGACUGUAUCUACUUCGAUCGUGCUGUCGUUGCCGCAGGCCCAAGGCUGCUCCUCCUGAGGCCUCAGGUUCUCCAGAUGGAGGAGGCUGUGUCACCUGGAGCUGUGUGGCUGCCCUUCUUCUUGGCUGCGCUGGUAUCGGGCUCGGUUUCUAUGGCAACAGUGAGACCAGCGAUGGGGUGUCCCAGCUCAGCUUCUCCCUCCUGCAUGCCAACCACACGCUCAGCUCUAUCGACCGGCUGGUUUCAGAAACAGUGGAACGCCUGGGCUCAGCAGUUAGGUCUGAGCUGACGACUCUGGAGGAGGUGAUGGCCCCAAGGACAGAGCUGGUGGCAGCUGCCCGGGGUGCCCGGAGGCAGGCUGAGGCUGUGGCCCAGCAGCUGGGGGAACUGGCUUUCUGGAGGGGUGUGCCCCUGAGCCCAAUUCGAGUGGCUGAAAGUGUCUCCUUUGUGGAGGAGUACAGGUGGUUGGCCUACAUUCUCCUCCUGCUCCUUGAUCUCCUUGUCUGCCUCUUUACUCUCCUUGGGCUUGCUAAGCAAAGCAAAUGGCUUGUGAUUGUCAUGACAGUCAUGAGCUUGCUGGUUCUCGUACUGAGCUGGGGAUCCAUGGGGCUAGAGGCAGCUGCUGCUGUGGGUCUCAGUGAUUUUUGCUCCAGUCCUGACCCCUAUGUCUUGAACCUGACUAGGGAAGAAACUGGCCUAAAUCCAGAAAUCCUCCACUAUUACUUCCUCUGCAACCAGGUGGUUUCCAAUCCCUUCCAAGAGAGGCUGACCUUGUCCCAGCGAUCUCUGGCUAGCAUCUACUCUCAGCUCCAGGGACUGGAACGUGAGGCAGUUCCCCAGUUCCCAGCGGCCCAGAAGCCGCUGUUGGCCCUGGAAGAGAUGCUGAACGUGACGGAGGGGAACUUCCACCAGCUGGUGGCGCUGCUGCACUGCCGAGGGCUGCACAAGGACUAUGGGGCAGCAUUGCGGGGCUUGUGUGAGGACUCCAUGGAGGGCCUCCUCUUCCUGCUCCUCUUCUCCCUGCUGUCCGCCCUGGCUCUGGCCACGGCUUUGUGCAGCCUGCCUGGCGCCUGGGCCCAUUUCCCAUCCAGGAAUCCAAACGCUUCGUCCAAUGGCAGUCGUCCAUCUGAGACUCCCGCCUUGGGCUGGGUCUGCUACCCCCACCUCUGGAUUCUUCUAGCUAUGAUGACUAACACUGCCAUACUCUGCCUGGCUCAGGAGAGGCGGAGUCCUUUCUACCCUGAGGAAGUGAUCAGAAGAUAGUUCCCUGUCCUCUCUAACCAACAUUCAAGGCUCACGUCCAGGGAUCCCAACCAGGAUGAGAGCCAGGAAGCUCAGGGCCCUCCUGGGAGCAGCUGCCCUGGAGAACCUCCCCUUGGCCCAUUUCUUCUAGCCCCUGGGCCCAGAGCUCCUUGUGCUUGGAACCAGCACCACUAACUCAGAUUUGAAAUAAAAAAGAAGACUUUAUUUUACAUGUGUCUGGAGCUGUUUUUUGGUUUCUCUCCAAUCAUGAAGGCUCAACUCUAAUUUCACCUCCUCCAGGAAGCCCAUCUAUUGAGAUAUACUGUCCCUUCCUAGCAAAAGAAGUUUCACCAUCAAGUGGCUCUCACACCUCACUGGCAGGGACUCUACAAGGUAAUGGGAUUCUUCAGAGUGCCCCAGGAUAGACACAACUGGAUUUGGAGGCAGAGGACAUGGGUUUCAGCGCUGGGUCUGCUACUAAUUUUUGGAGCAUAGGCAAACCACUGAGACACACUGGAUCUCAUUUUCUUCACUUGUAAAAUGGGGGUGUUGGGUUCAUCUCAAUGGGCCUUUCGAGGUGUCAUCACCAGUCUCCAUUCACCCCUUCCAGGUCUUCAAAAUCAGCUCAUACAGCCAGCUUGCACCCUGUUGGUGGCUCCCAAGUUCCUCAGCCCUUCCCCCUUUGGGAUCCAGCUCAGUGCCCCAGGCAUGGAUCUCUCUGUGCCCUCAGAGCCCAGCAGAUCUCCAUUUCCUUCCUUCCCUCCCACCCCACCCUCAGUGCCCAG